UCGGUUUGGAUUAUGCACAGCACUUACAGCCUACUUAGCAGCCAUGAAGAUUAUCAUCUUGGCAGCCGUUUUGGUCCUCGCAGCCGCCGCCCCUCAGGAGGAACGGCCCAUCCAGAUCCUCGAGGAUGACCGCGUCCAGCCUAGAGACGGCGCCUACUCCUUCAGGAUCAAGACCGAAAAUGGCAUCGUCCAGAGUGAAGAGGGCAUUCCAGGCCUUGAUGGACAGACUAAUGUACAAGGCGUUUUCAGUCAAAGCAAAUGCAUGUGUUUUGUGGAACAGCGCCGCAGACCAAAUAUCUUUUAGACAUAUGUAAAUAAAAUUACGUACAGAA